ACUUUGUCAUCGAAGGCACCGAUGAGCAGUUGCAUCUGGCCACCAUGGCUAUGAAUGCGCUGCUUCUGGACGGCAUCGAGAGGUCGCCGUAUCACUAUGUGAUUAUGAAAGUCGAUGGCCCUUGCUUUGAGGAAUGUGCGAAGCAAAUCUGAGGUGCUGUUGGCACUCUUGCAAGUGGAAAAGGGUCUGAGCGAUUUCAAAAACUUGCAUAUCACGGUGGCACGUGUGCGUGCUGAAACAGAGGUGGAAAGGCACCAACUGGUUUCCACGGUCGAAACCGGAUUCCAUGCGCUCACAGCAGCCAUGGAGGUUGAUCCCCCCCUUGGUCGCCUGGAUCGCAUUUUUGUCUGCAACAACAACUUCUUUGCCAUCAUGCCUGCGCCGCGAGCCGCUACUGCGCGGCGGGCCAAUGCUACGCGGCGGGCCAAUAUCGGCAACCUUAGAGAUAACUUGCGACAAUCGUUGGUACGCGCAGGGUUCCGACUUUUAGGCACAAAAGAAAUGCAUAUGACUUUCUUUUUGAAGUCAUAUCAAGCACAGGCCAACAGCAACAACACCAACACCAACGCACCAACAGUUCUUUGUAAACAAACAUUGAACAAUGUUUUAAAACAAAGAAAUUUGGAUUUGGAUCUUGGACCACUCGUGGUAACCAAGAUCCAAAUCAGUGCCAAAGUGGUGACCCUGUCAAAGGGUCACCACUAUCGGAUUCUGCACGAAUAUGAAGUGUGUUAAAAUAAAAAACAAAUCUUU